AUGAAGCCCGUCGUCGGCGCCGUGCAGGCCUGGUCCUGCGUAGUAAUAUCGGUCUUUGCCAUUAUUAUUCUAUCGAUUCUCGGCCUUCUGUUUAAGAACAACCACCACGAAGUAGUCGGAGGAGUUGAGGACCCUGAGAACGGCCCGGCCGUUGCAGGCACAGUCUUUGUUGCCGUGUUGGUAUAUGCCGGCUUCCUGGUGUUCUGCGGUCUCCAAGGCAUCCUGCACAUGCGCGAGAGUCGACGGGGUGCAAUUGCCCUGUAA